AUGUCAACAUUACUUGCGAAAAUAAAUUCCACCAGCCAACAAUUACGCUCCAACUUCAAGGUUGAUGUGGCUGAGAACAAUAACGAUAACGAAUGUUGUGAAAUACAGGAAGAGCUACCACUUCGCAUCAAUUCAUUCACCACAAAUAAUCGAGCAAAAGCAUCCAAACUAUUAGCCUUUUGUCAACAGAUAACUUUACGGAGGGUUUUCCGCUUGAUCGGUUUUAGUAUCGGUUCAUAUCCACUUGCUUAUGUCAUUGCUGCUGUAAUUAUGUCAGUUAUGUCCUUCGGAAUUUAUUAUCUUAAACUGGAAGAUCGGGUGCGUGAUGGUUACACACCAACGACAUCACCUUCAAGACAAGAAGCAAAUUUGCUUCGAGAAUUUACUGAUUCAUUUGGCGAUCCGACAUUAACGACAUUGACGCUGCAAGCUCGUGAUGGCGGUUCCAUGCAUCGUCUGAAGUACUUGGAAGAAGCAGUUCGAUUGCAUCGAUAUUUUAUGGAUAAUUUCACUGUUGAAGUGCCUUCUACCGGUGAAAGAUUCAUCUACAGGGAAAUAUGCGGGUUUUCAUGCAAUGCAAAUGCUGUCAUCGAAUACUUUCACAGUGCAUUAUUGGAGGAGUACAGGAAAGAGAAAACGGGUGAGGUGCGUAGCGAAGCGACUAAUCUCACCUAUCCAAUUGCUAAAAUUACUGGCUUUGAUAUUCAUUUGGAACGUAAUUUUUAUGGCGUUCGUUUACGACCGUAUGCUAACAGAGGAGAUGAUCAUAACAGUAGCCGUAAGAACAGUACAGUGGACACUAGCAGGACAGAUUCCGAAGAGAUAAUUCUGAAAACGAUCACCGAUAUUGAAUAUAUUCAGAUUAUUUUGAUGGUUUUCCAAGGACAGGUGACUAGCAGUAACAUGGAAGCAAAGCUUAAUGCCUGGGAAGUAGCUGUGUAUGAAUUUGCCACGCAAACCUAUGUUGAUCAACCAAUAAAAAUACUGGUACGUCCUGAAUGCUUCUCUCGUUUAUUCAUGUGUUACGUGAUUAUGUGGCAGCUGUCCGAUAUUUCAGAGGUACUUGGAUCAGAAAUAGUCAACCAGGAGUUAAUCAAGGAUUCGCAACGAAUGGCACCCUAUUUUGUUGCUGGAUUCUUAGCUAUGUUUUUGAUGGUUGCCAUCUCAGUACUCGGGAGUGCGUUGCUGCUUGGUGUGAUGCAUCCAGCGAAGUUAAUCGUCGCAUUUGGUGUUAUUGCAUGUCCCAUCCUGGCGAUUACCGUUACCUUUGGAUUAUUUUCGUUAGCUCAACUUCGAACAAACACAAUCAUGCUUAUUAUGCCUUUCCUGGUGAUGGGAAUUGGCGUUAACGGAGCAUUCCUAGUAAUCCACUCAUGGUUACGGUCAACAAGUGAAUGUUCCGUACCUCAGCGACUCGGUUUUGUGUUGGAAGAAGCCGGACCCUCCGUCACAAUUUCCACAUUCACCAAUGUGAUAACCUUUGAAAUAGCACUCUUUUGUUUUGAAACAGCAAUAGCACUUGCAUUUGCAUAUAUCUUCACACUGGUUUUGCUCUGUCCACUACUUUACCUGGCAACUGUCGUGGAACGGACGAAGAAGAAAGAUGCUGGUUUUCCAAUGGUUGUUAUCACUGGAUUGAAUUCUACAUUGAAGUGUUACUGUCGUCUGAUAACAUCGAAACUGUUCGGUGUUUUGGCUUUCAUUGGUAUUCUAAUCUACUGGUUCUUUGGCAUCAUUGGUGCAAUGAAUAUUGAAACACGUUUGGAUGUGGAAAAGUUGCUACCAAAAAAUUCACCUUUACAAGAAGCAAAUGCUAUGAUUUCAACCAUAAUUUGGACGGAAUAUUAUCCCGUAAUGAUUUUGGUUAACAGUCCUUUGGAUAUACGAAAUGAGCAUGUUCUUAAACGAUUCGAUGCGAUGGUCAAUGAUUUCGAAACGCUGGAAAAAUGUCGGGGAAAAGAAUUUACUCUUCUUUGGUUGCGCGAUUACAAAACAUAUUGGUGGGAGGUUUUGUUAUAUGAUUUCGAUUAUUUUUCGGAUGAUACAGUAUCAGUAACAACAACUUCGCAAGCAUCAAAACAAGGAGCAAAAUUCAAAAAGGAAAUGAUUGAUUACAGCAAAUUGAAUGAUUUUCUGUUUUCCCCACUUUACAAACACUGGAAAAAUUUUUUAAAAUUAAGUGUGAGGAACACGGCAGGUAUGAUUGCGCAAGAAGCACAGGGUGUUAUGUUACUUUUGGCAGUAUUUAUGGCAGUAACUAAAAAGCUUUUUUUGUCACCAUAA